UUGAAGGAUGAACAGCGGCUCUUUAAGGCGUGAAUCAUGAACAGUCACAAACUCAUGAGGAUAUUUCAGAAAAUGAGUGUAUGUUAAAGGAGAUGUGAAAAAAGCCGAGCAACCACCAGACGCAUAGACCAAAUAGAUGUGGAUAUCCCCUCGAGCCGUGCGAUGCGGUCCCAGUCGCAUCCCCUUUUGACAUGAGGUGUGUCUGCGAGGGAGUAAUGAUGAUCCAAAAUAAAGGAAGAAGAGGGUUUGUUACUAAAUAAUCUAACCACGAAGGGACCACAAUGAGCAGCUCUUGUAAACGAGACAACGAACAGAGGAAGAGAUUACAGCACUUUCAAUCUGACCUCGCAAUUCUGGGAUCUUUACAGGGCUUUCGGUAUUUCCAGCCUUGGCUGAGAGGGAGAGAGGAGCUGCUGCUGACAAUAGUUAAUGAGGAUCAGGGCUGGCAGUCUCCUGGCUUCCUGGUGUCAGCGGCCUCCUCCUCCCUCAGCAGCUGCAGCUCCAGCAGCUACAGCUUUGGCAGCGGCUACGACAGCUCGCCCCUGCCUGGAGAGAAGCCUCCCCUGGCCGCCAGACCCCACCACCAGCUCCAUCAGCAGCAACACCAGCCGCAGCACCAGCCACAGCUGCAGGAGGAGCUACAGCAGGCUAGCAGGAGCAGCGAGUCCCAUCUCCUUCCUGCCUCGCCCAGUGAGAGAGAGAUCGCUGUGCCUGAAAUGAACUGCACUCUGUUUCUGUUGGCUGGUUACGCCAAAUACGGCCGUCCAUACGCCUGGAUUCGGUCUAAUCACGAACGGCUGGUCAACAUCGGGGGAACCGACUCGCUGGUCAAAGACACACCCAUGAAACUGAAAUCAGUCACAGACUGGUCAUCACAAGAUAUCCAUGUUUGGGACGUGGUGAGUGAGCUGGUGGGCCUGUGCACCAUGCCGCCACCCGACAAUCCUUUCUCCCUGGACACACGCUACCUCCAAACCCUCCCCCUUCCUGACCGCCUCUUCGUAACUGGGGCCCUGAUCAGCUUUCUGGAAAGCCUGGUGGUACAGGGCAACCAGGAGGAAGUGUACUAUGACAUGGUUGUGCAGGAAAUGAAGUGGCUGAGACAUCUUCACGUAAACAGCCUGUCUGACGUGCUCCAACUUCGGGGAAAUGUCAAGCGCAGCCCUCAUGCACCAGAGGACUCUGCUGAGGAGAUGUAACGGUGACACCCUGAGGCUUCCCUGCCUUUCUUUCGCCUCUUACAAACAUAAAUAUGUCUUGUAGGGUGGCACUACACAGCACCCUGACUGAGCAUGUCGGUGUGCUUUACAUAUGUAUGAUUUCCUGGAAAAUGUAGGAAACAAUUCUGUACUGUACUCUCUAAAUGUUGGAUAGUGUUGGUGAAAUGGUGCUAAUUAUUACUAUAUACUUGUGUGUAUUCAUCAUUUAAAAGUAUUUUGUCUCAGUGCAAUAAAGCUUUCAUUCCAUACAGGAGUGUAAAAACUGAA